AGGGGCCGUCCCGCCCGGGGCUGGCAAGUCGAGGUUCCUGGAGAGCACCAUGGCGAUGGGCACAGCACUUCUGGGGCUCUUCGCUCUCCUGCUCGGCUGCUCCGGCACCGCUGCCGAACCCCGAAACUCGGAGCGCUUCGCCCCGCGGAAGUGCGCCCUGACCGGCAACUGGAAGAAUGACCUCGCCUCCACCAUGCAGAUCGGCAAAGUCAGCGACUCGGGGGUGUUCAGCGGCGUCUACCUAACUGCCGUCUCGGCCUCCUCCAGUCGCAUCCGGCCAUCCCCUCUGCAGGGCGUCCAGCACCAGGUGGACCGGCGAGCCCAGCCCACCUUCGGCUUCACCGUCAACUGGAACUUCUCCGAGUCCAUCACCGUCUUUGCGGGCCAGUGUUUCCUGGAUGGGGACGGAGAGGAGCAGCUGAAGACCACCUGGCUGCUGCGGGAGGAGGUGGAGUCCAGCAACAAAGAUUGGGGGGCAACCCGGGUUGGCACGAACACUUUCUACCGCACCAAGUGAGAGGGUGAAGAGCGCAAGGCUUGCCCGCUUCCUGCCUUGGUGGGGGGAGCCUUCCUUCCUCCCCAUCAGCCACUCUCCCCCAAUAAACUCUUUUCCUGAGC